AUGGCCAAUACAAGAAUUCCUGCUUCCACAGUGAUUUUUUUCCUGGCAUUUUUCAUCCUUACAUCAGAUAUGUGCAUAAAACUAGAAGGAAGAGAACUUGAUGCAAGCCCUUGCAAAAAUGAUGAAGAUUGUCAAACUGGAGGUUCUUCUUAUAAGAAAGGAUCUUGUGUUAAAGGAAGUUGUUGGUAUUCUUCUUCUUGCAAAAAUGAUGCAGAUUGUAUACCUGGUUUUCCUGGUAUGGAAGGAUGUUGUGUGAACGGAGGUUGUCAUUAUAAGUGUCCACCAGCUUCUGCUAAUACAUUCACGGUGGAGCAUCCCAAGAUGUAGUUUGUUUUGCACACUAGAUAAUACAAAAUGGUUUCUUGAGGUGUCUCCUCAAAAAGUUUUGAAAAUUAUACAACAUAAAAGUGCUUUUUAACCAAUAAUUGUUAGAUAAAUAUUUGAUAUUUCAUUCACUUUUAUAAAGCAUCCCAU